AUUGGACUGAAAGUUAUACGAUAUUACAAAAAAACCAUUCAAAACAUUCUUACAAUUCCGUCGACGCUAACGAUGGUUGGAGUAGUGCAGCCCUCCACCUCUGCCGGAUCUGCGGCUGGAGUAGUGUGUAGCCCUCUGGAACGGUGGUCACAGUAACGGGAUUAAGCUUCCUAGCGAUGUGUAUUCAACCGCGCUAACCCCUCGCUUCGAUCUCCACCGGCAUCGUAGCGCCGCCAGCCAGGCGUGACCUCGUUCCCACGCCUCUCGUUUCCGUACAAAUUCGCCCCUCCGCAUCUGUCGCGGCGCAGCCAGUCUCCCCCACGUCGACCGAUCCAUCACUCUCAGCUCCUAUGUCCUAGUCUGCAAAGGAAGCGGUGUAAUCGUGACCGGAGAACUUCCUUUUUUGGCGGACGAGCACCCAUACCGACAGAAAAAAAAGCCCAAAUUUUGGAAUCUCAUAUUACCGGGGCGACCCGACUCAAAAGAAAGCGGUCAGGUCGUGUGCUCCUUCUCGGGGAUGUAGCCGUUUAUCGGACAGGGGCGUCGCUCAUCCCUUCUUAAAACUUGAGGAUGAAAGACAUGCUCAAUGAUCACACAUUUGCAACUCAUAUCGUCGCUGGUGCAUGGUCUGCUGUAUUCAGCAGUGCUUUGAUUUACCCACUUGAUACUCUUAAAGUCCUUUUACAGGUAGGUUCAAACCCCAACAAGAAAUUGACCUCUUCUCAAGUUCUUUACAGGGUUAAGACUUUAUCGGGAAGUUUAGGUUUGUACAGUGGUCUAGGGUGGUUUACAGUGGGAAGAACAUUUGGUGCUGGUACUCGUUUUGCCAUUUAUGAACUAUUGACCUCAUUCUACAAAGAUGGUCAGAAGGACAAUUACGUGUCAGUCUCUGAGGCUUUAAUGGCAGGAAUUGCUGCUGGGGCAGUAGAGUCACUACUAACCUCCCCGUUUGAACUUAUUAAACUCCGUGCUCAGGUGUCUUCUGCAUUUCAGAUUCCACAAACUGCAUCAAACAUAAAAGCUAAUGAUGUUUCUCCAUUGAUUGGGAGAUUACUUCAUGGAUAUUUCCCGGAUACCAAGGUCUUGAACAAUUCUGUUGGCCUUCUAUCUAUUUUGAGUGACAAACAUCCCAAUUUAGUAAAGGACAUGAGACAAUAUCCAUGGAUGAUGACUGGGUGUGGAAGACCUCCCUCUGUUUAUCAUGUUAAACGGCCAUCACAGGUAAUCUCUCUUGAAGGAUGGCAUACUUUGUGGAAAGGGUUAAGGUCAGGUAUUGUUCGAGAUUCUGUUUUCAGUGGCAUAUUCUUUUCGAUUUGGCAACUCCUACACGAAGCAAUGCUUACUUGGAAAGCUGUUGGGAUGACUCCCAUACCCAGGCACGAUGAUGAAGUUGGCCCAUUAUCUCCUUUCUAUGUUAGUCUUGCGGCUGGAUUUUCUGGUUCAAUUGCUGCCGCUGCCUCGCAUUCACUUGAUACUGCAAAAAGUCGUUCGCAGUGCACUGUGGUGCCUAAGUAUUUAUCAAAGGAGAGAAAAUUUCUCAAAUGGCAACUUCCGGGGAAGCGAUUUGAGAGAUGGACCGGUAUCCACCCAGCAGAUAGAUGUUUGCUUUUUCGGGGUAUUUCCCUGCGAAUGGCACGCAGUGGACUUGGAUCGUUUUUGUUAGUAGGAAGUUACUUUUUCAGCAUUGAUCAGUUUCCACUCUUGAGGUAAGGAGUUUGACAGCUGGGAAUACAUCAUUGGUUGGUUUAUCCUAUAAUUUGAUUGAAACAUGUAAAAAUCUUACCGAAAGCAUUUUUUACAUUUAUUUGGGGGACACCGUUAAUACGAACUGAGAACUAUGCUAUAGAUCAAAGAGACACGUGUUUCAACAAUCUGGUUAGAAACGGCGAUCGAAAGAAUACUUCUCUUCCUGUGUACUCAUGUAAGGCAUGAUUUUGACUUUCAUGCAGACUAAGGAGAUGAUUAAAUAAUUGUUCAACAUUUUAUCCACUUUUCUAACACGCCCUUGC